GGAGCGGAGCGGGCCGGGCCAUGGGGCGGCGGGCGGCGGGCGCGCUGCUGCUGGCGCUGCUGCUGCACGGGCGGCUGCUCGCGGUGACCCAUGGGCUGAGGGCAUAUGAUGGCUUGUCUCUGCCCGAGGACGCGGAGACAGUCACAGCGGGCCGGGCUGGCUGGAGCUAUUCAGACCUUUCUGAUGACGAGGACUUGCUGGCUGACGAUGCCUCCGGAGACGGCCUGGGGAGCGGGGACGUGGGCAGCGGGGACUUCCAGAUGGUUUAUUUCCGAGCCCUGGUAAACUUCACUCGCUCCAUCGACUACAGCACUCGGCUGGAGAACGCUAGCUCCGAGGAGUUCCGAGAGGUGUCUGAGGCUGUGGUAGACACGCUGGAGUCAGAGUACUUGAAGAUUCCCGGAGACCAGGUUGUCAGUGUGGUGUUCAUCAAGGAGCUGGAUGGCUGGGUGUUUGUGGAGCUGGAUGUGGGCUCCGAAGGGAAUGCGGACGGGGCUCAGAUUCAGGAGGUGCUGCACACAGUCAUCUCCAGUGGCUCCAUCGCCUCCUAUAUCACCUCACCCCAGGGAUUCCAGUUCCGACGCCUGGGCACAGUGCCCCAGGUCGCAAGGGUCUGCACCGAGGCCGAGUUUGCCUGCCACAGCCACAAUGAGUGUGUGGCCCUGGAGUAUCGCUGUGACCGGAGGCCUGACUGCAGGGACAUGUCCGAUGAGCUCAACUGCGAGGAUUUGGUCCCAGAGCUCAGCUCCCUGCCACCCCCUCUGAUGGAGACGCCACUUCCACCACACUACCCGGAGGUGGCCACCAUACGGCAGCUACUAGUCACCCCCGCUCCCCAGCCUCUGUUCCCUGAACCACACAGGCCCGUGCCUUGUGGGCCCCACGAGGCUGCCUGCCACAGCGGGCACUGCAUCCCCAAAGACUACGUCUGUGAUGGGCAGGAGGACUGCAAGGAUGGCAGUGAUGAGCUGGACUGCGGCCCCACGCCCCCCUGUGAGCCCAAUGAGUUCCCCUGUGGAAAUGGGCACUGUGCCCUCAAGCUGUGGCGCUGCGAUGGCGACUUUGACUGUGAGGACCGCACCGAUGAGGCCGACUGCCCUGCCAAGCGCCCCGAGGACGUAUGCGGGCCCACGCAGUUCCGCUGUGUCUCCACGAACACGUGCAUCCCGGCCAGCUUCCACUGUGACGAGGAGAGCGACUGUCCCGACCGCAGCGAUGAGUUUGGCUGCAUGCCCCCCCAGGUGGUGACCCCUCCCCAGGAGUCGAUCCAGGCUUCCCGGGGCCAAACAGUCACCUUCACCUGUGUGGCCAUGGGCGUCCCCACCCCUAUCAUCAACUGGAGGCUGAACUGGGGCCACAUCCCCUCUCAUCCCAGGGUGACAGUGACCAGCGAAGGAGGCCGUGGCACACUGACCAUUCGCGACGUGAAGGAGGCAGACCAGGGUGCCUACACCUGUGAGGCCAUGAAUGCCCGAGGCAUGGUGUUCGGCAUCCCUGACGGGGUCCUGGAGCUCAUUCCACAGCGAGGGCCCUGCCCCGACGGACACUUCUACCUGGAGCACAGCGCCUCCUGCCUGCCCUGCUUCUGUUUUGGCGUCACCAGCGUGUGCCAGAGCAGCCAGCGCUACCGAGACCAGAUCCGGCUGCGCUUUGACCAGCCCAAUGACUUCAAGGGCGUGAACGUGACGAUGCCCGCGCAGCCCGGCAUGCCGCCCCUCUCCUCCACACAGCUGCAGAUCGACACUGCUCUGCAGGAGUUCCAGCUGGUCGACCUGUCCCGACGCUUCCUGGUCCACGACUCUUUCUGGGCUCUGCCCGAACAGUUUCUGGGCAACAAGGUGGACUCCUACGGUGGCUCCCUGCGCUACAAGGUGCGCUAUGAGCUGGCGCGUGGCACGCUGGAGCCGGUGCAGCGUCCGGACGUGGUCCUCGUGGGCGCCGGGUAUCGCCUGCUCUCCCGAGGCCACACACCCACCCAGCCCGGUGCUCUGAACCAGCGCCAAGUCCAAUUCUCUGAGGAGCACUGGGUCCAUGAGUCUGGCCAGCCAGUGCAGCGGGCAGAGCUGCUGCAGGUGCUCCAGAGCCUGGAGGCCGUGCUCAUCCAGACCGUGUACAACACCAAGAUGGCCAGCGUCGGGCUGAGUGACAUCACCAUGGAUACCACUGUCACCCAUGCCACCAGCCACGGACGUGCGCACAGUGUAGAGGAGUGCAGAUGUCCCAUUGGCUAUUCCGGCUUGUCCUGUGAGAGCUGUGAUGCCCACUUCACCCGGGUGCCUGGUGGGCCCUACCUGGGCACGUGCUCUGGCUGCAACUGCAAUGGCCAUGCCAGCUCUUGUGACCCUGUAUAUGGUCACUGCCUGAAUUGCCAGCACAACACGGAGGGGCCACAGUGCAACAAAUGCAAGGCCGGCUUCUUUGGGGAUGCCACAAAGGCCACAGCCACCGCCUGCCGGCCCUGCCCUUGCCCAUACAUCGACGCCUCCCGCAGAUUCUCAGACACCUGCUUCCUGGACACGGAUGGCCAAGCCACAUGUGACGCGUGUGCCCCGGGCUACACAGGCCGCCGCUGUGAGAGCUGUGCCCCUGGCUAUGAGGGCAACCCCAUCCAGCCGGGCGGGAAGUGCAGGCCCACCAACCAGGAGAUUGUGCGCUGUGAUGAGCGAGGCAGCCUGGGGACUUCUGGGCAGACCUGUCGCUGUAAGCUCCCAGCUCUGUGCCUGCAGAACAACGUGGUGGGGCGCCUGUGCAAUGAGUGUGUCGCUGGUUCCUUUCACCUGAGUGCCCACAACCCCGACGGCUGCCUCAAGUGCUUCUGCAUGGGCGUCAGUCGCCAGUGCACCAGCUCCACCUGGAAUCGCGCCCAGGUGCAUGGGGCCUCUGAGGAGCCCACUCAGUUCAGCCUGACCAACACCGCAGGCACCCACACCACCAGCGAGGGCAUCUCAUCACCCGUGCCUGGGGAGCUGGUCUUCUCCUCCUUCCACAACCUCCUCUCUGGCCCCUACUUCUGGAGCCUCCCUUCUCGCUUCCGGGGGGACAAGGUGACCUCCUAUGGAGGAGAGCUGCGCUUCACAGUGACCCAGCAGCCCCAGCCUGGCUCCACGCCCCUGCACAGGCAGCCAUUGGUGGUUCUGCAGGGCAAUGGCAUUGUCUUGGAGCAUCACGUCUCCCGGGAGCCUAGCCCCGGCCAGCCCAGCACCUUCACCGUGCCCUUCCGGGAGCAAGCAUGGCAGCGGCCUGACGGACAGCCGGCCACGCGGGAGCACCUGCUGAUGGCUCUGGCGGGCCUCGACACCCUCCUGAUCCAGGCAUCCUAUACCCAGCGGCCAGCUGAGAGCAGGAUCUCUGGUAUCAGCAUGGAUGUGGCCGUGCCUGAGGACACCGGCCAGGACCCUGCGCUGGAAGUAGAGCAGUGUACCUGCCCACCUGGGUACCGUGGCCCAUCCUGCCAGGACUGUGACACAGGCUACACACGCACACCCAGCGGCCUCUACCUGGGCACCUGUGAACGCUGCAGCUGCCAUGGCCACACGGAGGUGUGUGAGCCCGAAACGGGUGCCUGCCAGGGCUGCCAGCACCACACGGAGGGCCCUCGGUGUGAGCAGUGCCAGCCGGGGUACUAUGGGGACGCCCAGCGGGGGACGCCAGAGGACUGCCAGCCAUGCCCAUGCCAUGGAGCCCCUGCUGCUGGCCAGGCCACCCACACGUGCUUUCUGGACACGGACGGCCACGCCACCUGUGACGCGUGCUCCCCAGGCCACAGCGGGCGUCACUGUGAGAGGUGUGCCCCAGGUUACUAUGGCAACCCCAGCCAGGGCCAGCCAUGCCGAAGAGAUGGCCAAAUGCCAGAGCCGAUCGGCUGUGGCUGUGACCCCCAGGGCAGCAUCAGCAACCAGUGUGACGCUGCCGGCCAAUGCCAGUGCAAGGCCCAGGUGGAGGGCCUCACUUGCAGCCACUGCCGGCCCCACCACUUCCACCUGAGUGCCAGGAACCCCGAGGGCUGCCUGCCCUGCUUCUGCAUGGGUGUCACCCAGCAGUGUGCCAGCUCCACCUACACCCGCCACCUGAUCUCCACCCGCUUUGCCCCUGGGGACUUCCAAGGCUUCGCCCUGGUGAACCCACAGCGGAACAGCCGCCUGACGGGAGGCUUCACCGUGGAACCCGUGCCCGAGGGUGCCCAGCUCUCUUUUGGCAACUUCGCCCAGCUUGGCCGCGAGUCCUUCUACUGGCAGCUGCCAGAGGCGUACCAGGGAGACAAGGUGGCUGCUUAUGGCGGGAAGCUGCGCUACACCCUGUCCUACACCGCAGGUGCACAGGGCAGCCCGCUCUCUGACCCCGACGUCCAGAUCACGGGCAACAACAUCAUGCUGGUGGCCUCCCAGCCAGUGCUACAAGGCCCGGAGAGGAAGAGCUAUGAGAUCAUUUUCCGAGAGGAAUUCUGGCGCCGGCCUGACGGGCAGCCGGCCACACGCGAGCACCUCCUGAUGGCGCUGGCUGACCUGGACGAGCUCCUAGUCCGGGCCACAUUCUCCUCGAUGCCGCAGGCGGCCAGCAUCAGCGCAGUCAGCCUAGAGGUCGCCCAGCCCGGGCCCUCGGAGGGACCCCGGGCCCUGGAGGUAGAGGAGUGCCGCUGCCCCCCGGCCUACGUCGGGUCUUCCUGCCAGGACUGUGCCCCGGGCUACACGCGCACUGGGAGUGGGCUGUACCUCGGCCACUGCGAGUUGUGCGAAUGCAAUGGCCACUCGGAUGUGUGCCACCCAGAGACCGGGGCCUGCUCGCAAUGCCAACACAAUGCCGCUGGGGAGUUCUGCGAGCUGUGUGCUCCUGGCUUCUAUGGAGACGCCACAGCUGGGACACCUGAGGACUGCCAGCCCUGUGCCUGCCCACUGACCAACCCGGAGAACAUGUUCUCCCGCACCUGUGAGAGCCUGGGAGCUGGUGGGUACCGCUGCACGGCCUGUGAACCUGGGUACACUGGCCAGUACUGUGAGCAGUGUGCCCCAGGUUAUGUGGGUAACCCCAAUGUGCGGGGGGGCCGGUGCCUGCCACAGACAGACCAAGCCCCGCUGGUGGUCCAGGUGCAUCCGGCUCGGAGCAUAGUGCCCCAAGGUGGCCCCUACUCCUUGCGGUGCCAGGUCAGUGGGAGCCCACCCCACUACUUCUACUGGUCUCGUGAGGACGGGCGUCCCGUGCCCAGCAGCACCCAGCAGCGACAUCAAGGCUCCGAGCUCCACUUCCCCAGCGUCCAGCCCUCAGAUGCUGGAGUCUACAUUUGCACCUGUCGUAAUCUCCAUCAUGCCAAUAGCAGCCGGGCAGAGCUGCUGGUCACUGAGGCUCCGAGCAAGCCCAUCACAGUGACAGUGGAGGAGCAGCGCAGCCGGAGUGUGCACCCCGGAGCCGACGUCACCUUCAUCUGCACAGCCAAGAGCAAGUCUCCAGCUUACACCCUGGUGUGGACCCGCCUGCACAAUGGGAAAUUGCCGGCCCGAGCCAUGGAUUUCAACGGCAUCCUGACCAUUCGCAACGUACAGCCGAGUGACGCGGGCACCUACGUGUGCACCGGCUCCAACAUGUUCGCCAUGGACCAGGGCACAGCCACGCUGCAUGUGCAAGCUUCGGGCACCCCGUCCGCCCCUGUGGUCUCCAUCCACCCGCCGCAGCUCACGGUGCAGCCUGGGCAGGUGGCUGAGUUCCGCUGCAGUGCCACGGGGAGCCCCACGCCCACCCUCGAGUGGACAGGGGGCCCCAGUGGCCAGCUCCCCCAGAAGGCACAAAUCCAUGGUGGCAUCCUGCGCCUGCCGGCCAUCGAGCCCUCAGACCAGGGCCAGUACCUGUGCCGCGCCUCCAGCAGCGCCGGGCAGCAGGUGGCCAGGGCUGUGCUCCACGUGCAUGGGGGCAACAGGCCCAGGGUUCAGGUGAGCCCAGAGAGGACCCAGGUGCACGAGGGCCGCACCGUCAGGCUGUACUGCAGGGCCGCAGGUGUGCCCAGCGCCACCAUCACCUGGAGGAAGGAAGGGGGCAGCCUCCCCCCGCAGGCCCGGUCUGAGCGCACAGACAUCGCCACAUUGCUCAUCCCGGCCAUCACGACUGCCGAUGCCGGCUUCUACCUCUGCGUGGCCACCAGCCCCGCGGGCACAGCGCAGGCCCGGAUCCAAGUGGUCGUCCUUCCAGCCUCAGGUGCCGUCUCACCGCCAGUCAGGAUCGAGUCUUCAUCGCCUUCUGUGACCGAAGGGCAGACGCUGGACCUCAGCUGUGUGGUGGCAGGGCUGGCCUACAGCCAGGUCACGUGGUACAAGCGAGGAGGCAGCCUGCCUCCCCAUGCCCAGGUCCAUGGCUCCCGGCUGCGGCUCGCCGAGGUCUCACCAGCUGAUUCUGGAGAAUAUGUGUGCCGAGUGGAGAGCGAGUCAGGCGCCAAGGAGGCCUCUAUCAUCAUCUCUGUCCUCCACAGCACCCAUUCGGGCCCCAGCUACACCCCAGCUCCUGGCGGAGCCCCAGCUCCGGGCAGCACCCAGCCCAUCCGCAUCGAGUCCUCCUCCUCCCACGUGGCUGAAGGGCAGACGCUGGAUCUGAAGUGCGUGGUGCCCGGACAGGCCCACGCCCAGGUCAUGUGGUACAGGCGUGGAGGCAGCCUCCCUGCCCGACACCAGACCCACGGCUCGCUUCUGCGGCUGCACCAAGUGUCCCCAGCUGACUCGGGCGAGUACGUGUGCCGCGUGAUCCUUAGCUCUGGGCCCCUGGAGACCUCCGUCCUGGUCUCCAUCGAGGCCUCUGGCUCCAGCGCUGACUCCAUCCCUGCCCCAGGACCCGUCCCACCUGUCAGGAUCGAGUCCUCAUCCCCCACAGUGGCUGAGGGGCAGACCCUGGAUCUGAACUGUGUGGUGGCAGGGCAGGCCCACGCCCAGGUCACGUGGUACAAGCGUGGAGGCAGCCUCCCCGCCCGGCACCAGGUCCGCGGCUCCCGCCUGUACAUCUUCCAGGCCUCCCCAGCUGACGCGGGCGAGUAUGUCUGCAGGGCCAGCAAUGGUGUGGAGGCCUCCAUCACAGUCACAGUAACCGGGACCCAGGGGGCCAACUUCGCCUACCCUCCUGGUGGCUCCCAGCUCAUCCGCAUCGAGUCAUCUUCCUCCCAUGUGGCCGAAGGGCAGACCCUGGACCUGAACUGCGUGGUGCCCGGGCAGACCCAUGCCCAGAUCACAUGGCACAAGCGUGGAGGCAGCCUCCCUGCCCGGCAUCAGACCCACGGCUCACUGCUGAGGCUACACCAGGUGUCCCCAGCCGACUCGGGCGAGUAUGUGUGCCGCGUGGGGGGUGGCUCAGUGCCCCUGGAGGCCUCCGUCUUGGUGACCAUUGAGCCUGCAAGCUCUAUGCCUGCACUUGGGGUCACCCCCCCAGUCCGGAUCGAGUCCUCCUCCUCACAUGUGGCUGAAGGCCAGACCCUGGAUCUGAACUGCCUGGUCGCUGGGCAGGCCCAUGCCCAGAUCACGUGGCACAAGCGUGGGGGCAGCCUCCCCGCCCGGCACCAGGUGCAUGGCUCAAGGCUGCGGCUGCCCCAGGUGACUCCAGCCGACUCCGGGGAGUACGUGUGCCGCGUGGUCAGCAGCUCGGGCACCCAGGAAGCCUCAGUCCUCGUCACCAUCCAGCAGCGUCUUAGCCCCUCCCACACCCAGGGUGUGGUAUACCCCGUCCGCAUUGAGUCCUCCUCAUCCUCCCUGGCCAAUGGACAUACUCUGGACCUCAACUGUCUAGUGACCAGCCAAGCCCCCCACACUAUCACCUGGUAUAAGCGUGGAGGCAGCCUACCCAGCCGGCACCAGAUCGUGGGCUCCCGGCUGCGGAUCCCCCAGGUGACGCCAGCCGACUCGGGAGAGUACGUAUGUCACGUCAGUAAUGGUGCUGGCUCCCAGGAGACCUCACUCAUCGUCACCAUCCAGGGCAGUGGCUCCUCCCACGUGCCCAGCGUGUCCCCACCCAUCAGGAUCGAGUCCUCGUCCCCCACAGUGGUCGAAGGGCAGACCUUGGAUCUGAACUGUGUGGUCGCUGGGCAGCCCCAGGCCACCAUCACAUGGUACAAGCGUGGGGGCAGCCUUCCUGCCCGACACCAGGCCCAUGGCUCCCGCCUGCGGCUGCACCAGAUGUCUGUGGCUGACUCGGGCGAGUACGUGUGCCGGGCUAACAACAACAUCGACGCCCAGGAGGCCUCCAUCAUGGUCUCAGUCUCCCCCAGCGCCGGCAGCCCCUCCGUCCCUGGCGGUUCUGUGCCCAUCAGAAUUGAGUCGUCAUCUUCACACGUGGCUGAAGGGCAGACCCUGGAUCUGAACUGCGUGGUCCCUGGACAGGCCCAUGCCCAGGUCACGUGGCACAGGCGUGGGGGCAGCCUCCCCCCUCACCACCAGGCCCACGGCUCACGGCUGCGGCUACACCAGGUGUCCCCAGCUGACUCGGGCGAGUACGUGUGCCGUGUGGUGAGCAGCUCUGGCCCCCUGGAGGCCUCGGUCCUGGUCACCAUCGAGGCCUCUGGCUCUAGCGCUGUUCCUGUCCCUGCUCCAGGCGGAGUCCCACCCAUCCGCAUCGAGACCUCCUCCUCCCACGUGGCUGAAGGGCAGACCCUGGAUCUGAAGUGCGUGGUGCCUGGGCAGGCGCAUGCCCAGGUCACAUGGCACAGGCGUGGGGGCAGUCUCCCUGCCCGGCACCAGGUCCAUGGCCCCCUGCUGAGGCUGAACCAGGUGUCCCCGGCUGACUCUGGCGAGUACUCAUGCCAAGUGACCGGCAGCUCAGGCACCCUAGAGGCUUCUGUCCUGGUCACAAUUGAGGCCUCCAGCCCGCGCCCCAUUCCUGCCCCAGGACUGGCACAGCCCAUCUACAUUGAGGCCUCCUCCUCCCACGUGGCCGAAGGGCAGACCCUGGACCUGAACUGUGUGGUGCCUCGGCAGCCUCACGCCCAGGUCACGUGGCACAAGCGUGGGGGCAGCCUCCCUGCCCGGCACCAGACCCAUGGCUCCCGGCUGCGGCUCCACCACGUCUCCCCCGCCGACUCUGGCGAGUACGUGUGCCGUGUGGUUGGCGGCUCAGGCCCUGAGCAGGAGGCCUCCUUCACAGUCACUGUCCCACCCAGUGCGGGGUCCUCCUACCGCCUUAGGAGCCCCGUCAUCUCUAUCGAGCCGCCCAGCAGCACCGUGCAGCAGGGUCAAGACGCCAGCUUCAAGUGCCUCAUCCAUGACGGGGCAGCCCCCAUCAGCCUGGAGUGGAAGACUCGGAACCAAGAGCUGGAAGACAAUGUCCACAUCAGCCCCAAUGGCUCCAUCAUCACCAUCGUGGGUACCCGGCCCAGCAACCAUGGUGCCUACCGCUGCGUGGCCUCCAAUGCCUAUGGCGUGGCCCAGAGUGUCGUGAACCUCAGUGUGCAUGGGCCCCCUACGGUGUCUGUGCUUCCUGAGGGCCCCGUGUGGGUGAAAGUGGGAAAGGCAGUCGCCCUGGAGUGUGUUAGUGCUGGGGAGCCCCGCUCUUCUGCUCGCUGGACCCGGAUCGGCACCCCUGCCAAGGUGGAGCAGCAGACAUAUGGGCCCGUGGACAGCCACACGGUGCUGCAGAUUUCAUCAGCUAAACCAUCAGAUGCGGGCACCUAUGUGUGCCUAGCUCAGAAUGCACUGGGCACAGCACAGAAGCGGGUGGAAGUGAUUGUGGACAUGGGCACCGUGGCCCCAGGGGCCCCCCAGGUCCAGGUUGAAGAAGCCGAGCUGACUGUGGAGGCUGGACACACGGCCACCCUGCGCUGCUCAGCCACAGGCAGCCCCACGCCCACCAUCCACUGGUCCAAGCUGCGCUCCCCACUGCCCUGGCAGCACCAGCUGGAAGGCAACACGCUGAUCAUCCCCCGGGUAGCCCAGCAGGACUCGGGCCAGUACAUCUGCAACGCCACUAGCCCUGCCGGGCACGCUGAGGCCACCAUCGCCCUGCACGUAGAGAGCCCACCGUAUGCCACCACAGUCCCGGAGCACGCUUCGGUGCAGGCAGGGGAGACGGUGCAGCUUCAGUGCCUGGCUCACGGGACACCCCCGCUCACCUUCCAGUGGAGCCGCGUGGGGGGCAGCCUCUCUGGGAGGGUGACCGCCAGGAACGAGAUGCUGCACUUUGAGCCCGCCGCCCCCGAGGACUCAGGCCGCUACCGCUGCCGGGUCACCAAUAGGGUGGGCUCGGCUGAGGCCUUCGCCCACGUGGUCGUCCAAGGCCCCUCUGGCUCUCUCCCGGCCACUGCUGUCCCAGCAGGAUCCACGCCCACCGUUCAGGUCACGCCUCAGCUGGAGACCAAGAGCAUAGGGGCCAGCGUUGAGUUCCAUUGUGCCGUGCCCAGCGACCGGGGCACCCAGCUUCGUUGGAUCAAGGAAGGGGGUCACCUGCCUCCUGGCCACAGCGUGCAGGAUGGGGUGCUCCGAAUCCAGAACUUGGACCAGAGCUGCCAAGGGACAUAUAUUUGCCAGGCCUAUGGACCAUGGGGCCAGGCCCAGGCCAGUGCCCAGCUGGUUGUCCAAGCCCUGCCCUCGGUGCUCAUCAACAUCCGGACGUCCGUGCAGACCGUGGUGGUCGGCCAUGCCGUGGAGUUCGAGUGCCUGGCGCUGGGGGACCCCAAGCCUCAGGUGACGUGGAGCAAAGUUGGAGGGCGCCUGCGGCCUGGCAUUGUCCAGAGCGGAGGCAUCGUCAGGAUCGCCCACGUGGAGCUGGCUGACGCGGGACAGUACCGCUGCACGGCCACCAACGCCGCCGGCACCACCCAGUCCCACGUGCUGCUGCUCGUGCAAGCCUUGCCCCAGAUCUCAACACCCCCCGAGGUCCAUGUGCCUGCUGGUUCUACAGCCGUCUUCCCCUGCAUGGCUUCUGGCUACCCCACUCCUGACAUCACCUGGAGCAAGCUGGAUGGUAACCUGCCCCCCGACAGCCGCCUGGAGAACAACAUGCUAGUGCUGCCCUCGGUCCGCCCCCAGGACGCGGGCACCUACGUCUGCACUGCCACGAACCGCCAGGGCAAGGUCAAAGCCUUCGCCCAGCUGCGGGUGCCAGAGCGGGUGGUGCCCUACUUCACCCAGACCCCCCACUCCUUCCUGCCGCUGCCCACCAUCAAGGAUGCCUACAGGAAGUUUGAGAUCAGGAUCACCUUCCGCCCUGACUCAGCCGAUGGCCUCCUUCUCUACUCGGGGAUGCUGCUGUACAAUGGGCAGAAGCAGAGCCCAGGGAGCCCCGCCAGCCUGGCCCACAGGCAGCCCGACUUCAUCUCCUUCGGCCUCGUGGGUGGGAGGCCCGAGUUCCGCUUUGACGCAGGCUCAGGCAUGGCCACCAUCCGCCACCCCACACCGCUGGCGCUGGGCCAGUUCCACACGGUGACCCUGCUGCGCAGCCUCACUCAGGGCUCCCUGAUUGUGGGCAGCCUGGCCCCAGUCAACGGGACCUCCCAGGGCAAGUUCCAGGGCCUGGACCUGAACGAGGAGCUCUACCUGGGCGGCUACCCUGACUACAGUGCCAUCCCCAAGGCAGGGCUGAGCAGUGGCUUCAUAGGCUGCGUCCGGGAGCUGCGCAUCCAGGGCGAGGAGAUCGUCUUCCAUGACCUCAACCUUACAGCGCACGGCAUCUCCCACUGCCCCACCUGUCGGGACCGGCCGUGCCAGAACGGGGGCCAGUGCCAGGACUCGGAGAGCAGCAGCUACGUGUGCGUCUGCCUGCCUGGCUUCACCGGGAGCCGCUGUGAACACUCGCAGGCCCUGCACUGCCACCCAGAUCGUGGCUGCCAUCCCUGCCACCCUAAUACUCACGCUGCCUCCCAUCUCUGCUGCCCAGAGGCCUGUGGGCCCGACGCCACCUGUGUGAACCGGCCCGACGGCCGAGGCUACACCUGCCGCUGCCACCUGGGCCGCUCGGGGAUAAGGUGUGAGGAAGGUGUGACGGUGACCACCCCCUCCAUGUCGGGCACCGGCUCCUACCUGGCACUGCCCGCCCUCACCAACACACACCAUGAGCUACGCCUGGAUGUCGAGUUCAAGCCACUGGCGCCCGACGGAGUCCUGCUGUUCAGUGGGGGGAAGAGCGGGCCUGUGGAGGACUUCGUGUCCCUGGCGAUGGUUGGUGGCCACCUGGAGUUCCGCUACGAGCUGGGGUCAGGGCUGGCCGUGCUGCGCAGCGCCGAGCCGCUGGCCCUGGGCCGCUGGCACCGCGUGUCCGCGGAGCGCCUCAACAAGGACGGCAGCCUGCGCGUGAACGGCGGGCGCCCCGUGCUGCGCUCCUCGCCCGGCAAGAGCCAGGGCCUCAACCUCGACACCCUCCUCUACCUCGGCGGCGUGGAGCCCUCCGUGUCGCUGCCCCCGGCCGCCAACGCAAGCGCUCCCUUCCGCGGCUGCGUGGGAGAGGUGUCAGUGAACGGAAAGCGGUUGGACCUCACCUACAGCUUCCUGGGCAGCCGGGGCAUCGGGCAGUGCUACGACAGCUCCCCGUGCGAGCCCCAGCCUUGCCAGCACGGCGCCACAUGCAUGCCCGCUGGAGAGUAUGAGUUCCAGUGCCUGUGUCAAGAUGGCUUCAAAGGAGACCUCUGUGAGCACGAAGAGAACCCCUGCCAGCUCCGGGAGCCCUGUCUGCAUGGGGGCACCUGCCGGGGCACCCACUGCCUCUGUCCCCCCGGCUUCUCUGGCCCACGCUGCCAACAAGGCUCUGGACAUGGCACAGCGGAGUCCGAUUGGCAUCUUGAAGGCAGCGGGGGCAAUGAUGCCCCUGGGCAGUACGCAGCCUAUUUCCAUGAUGACGGCUUCCUAGCUCUCCCCGGCCAUGUCCUCUCCAGGAGCCUGCCCGAAGUUCCCGAGACCAUCGAGCUGGAGGUUCGGACCAGCACGGCCAGUGGCCUCCUGCUCUGGCAGGGCGUGGAGGUGGGAGAGGCCAGCCGAGGCAAGGACUUCAUCAGUCUCGGGCUUCAGGACGGGCACCUUGUCUUCAGCUACCAGCUGGGCAGUGGGGAGGCCCGUCUUGUCUCCGAGGACCCCAUCAAUGACGGCGAGUGGCAUCGGGUGACGGCACUGCGAGAGGGCCGGAGAGGCUCCAUCCAGGUGGACGGCGAGGAGCUGGUCAGCGGGCAGUCCCCAGGCCCUAACGUGGCAGUCAACACCAAGGGCAGCAUCUACAUCGGCGGAGCCCCCGACGUGGCCACGCUGACUGGGGGCAGGUUCUCCUCGGGCAUCACGGGCUGUAUCAAGAACCUGGUGCUGCACUCGGCCCGGCCCGGCGCCCCGCCCCCACAGCCCCUGGACCUGCAGCACCGCGCCCAGGCAGGGGCCAACACGCGCCCCUGCCCCUCAUAGGCAGCCGCCUGCCCCACACGGACUCCCGGGCAGCGCCCCAGCCCCACAACGUCGAGUAUAUUAUUAUUAAUAUUAUUAUUAUGACUAUUUUGUAAGAAACUGAGGCGAUGCCACGCUUUGCUGCUACUGCCCUGGGCUGGACUGGAGGGUAGGCACGCCACCCCCCACACACAGACACACCUGGGCAAAGCCGCAGGCUGGCGGGCAGGGCAGGUGAGAUGGGAGCAGCGCCUCAGAGGGCCACCAGGACCCAGGAGAAGGUCUGGCACGGUGGCUGAGUGGGCUCAGAACUGCCCCCACCAGUCAAGCCCCCGAGGUGGAGCUGGGUUGUCCAGUCGAGCAGCUCCUGGGCAGCCCUCGUUCCCACGGGAGUCACCCUCAGCUUCCAGCCUGGGGCCCCAGCAGCUCCCUGGAGCAGGAGGCCUGUGAUGGCCUUUGUCAGCAUCCUCUGGGUUGGGAAAGCUCUUUAGUGCCAACUGUGGAGCAAAAGGCAGCUCACCCCUGGGCAGGCAGUCCCCACCCCUGCCGGCCCCUGUCCCAGCCCCCUCUGCCUCUCCAACGGGUCACCUUCCCCUGGCAGCCACCCCCUCCCACCAAGCCCUCCUGGCCUGCACCUCCCCCACCCAACACGAGCCCAGGGCCCCCCCCCUCAGGGGCUGCAAGGGAAACCAUCCCAACUCUGAGCAGGAGCUGCCCAGGCAGAGCCCAGCACUGAGGGUCUCCCCGCCAGCACCAGGCCGCAUCCCCCCACCGAUCUGGAAGUGAAGGCCCAGGGGACAUGGGGGGAGGAGGGCAUUGGUGGUCGGAAAGAGUUAGUGCCUUGGGUAGGGGAAGCCACGACUCACGACUGGGAGGGACAGGAAGGGAACAUGACAGCCCUGCCCCACCUGUGGGAGCCUGAGGGCCCAACUCGGGGCAAGCGAGCGCCCUCCCCACCAGCAGCCCCAGAUGUGGGGUCGGGAUGCCUGGCCUCUGUGUCCUAGAAGGGACCUUCCUGUGGUCUUUGUCUUGAUCUUUCUUAAUAAACGGUGCUAUCCCCGCCA